AUGUCCGCACCUACAGAACUUCCUGCAGAUCCAGAGUCUAUGAAGAAGCUUGAGAAGGAAUUCUCGAUAGAGGCCAAAUCUGAGGAAAAGAAAUUGCAGUCAGCCUUCAAGGACAUGUACAAGCACGAGAAAUCAGAAGCCAAGGCUUCUAAGGUAAGGUACAAAGCAGAGAAAGCCGUCAGGAAGCUGGAAAAGCUGGAGCUCGAGACCGUCAAUUCCCUCCAUGCCAUCACCCGCAAGCAUGAUGUAGCUGUUGCAGACCUUCACAAUGCGCAGGCGGGCCUUCAUACUCAGCAACAGCAGUUAGAGAAACACAGACAUGACCUCUCGACUGCGCGAACACACAUCGAUCAGGUCGCCAAGGAUAAGAAUGAUCAUGAUCGUGAACGUCACGAUAAACUAAGUCAGCUGCGCUCAAGCCCAUCGACCCAGACCGGUGGUCCGAGCGCGGGCCCGGGCACGUCAGGUGCCUCCUCUGGUGCAAGUCAGGAAAGGGAGUAG